AUGAGUUUUUCGCUAGUUGGAGAACAGACUAGUAGUAGUCCCAUCAGUAGUAGUAGUAGUAGUAGUAGUAGUAGUAGUAGUAGUAGUAGUAGCACUAGUAGUAGUAGUAGUAGCACUAGUAGUAGUAGUAGUAGUAGUAGUAGUAGUAGUAAUAGUAGUAGUAGUAGUAGUAGUAGGAGUAGUAAUCUACUUACAAGUAGUAGUGGUCGCAGCAGUAAUAGCAGUAGUAGUAGUAGUAGUAGCAGUAGUAGUAGUAGUAGUAGUAGUAGUAGUAGUAGUAGUAGUAGUAGUAGUAGUAGUAGUAGUAGUAGUAGUAGUGGUAGUAGUAGUAAUCGCAGCAGUAAC